GGGAACUUUCCAUCCCUUGUAUUUCCCCAGUUUUGUUUUCCUGUACGCCAGGAUGCCAUCCACAAAUUCUGUGUGUUUUCUCAUUUGCUUUUUUGUAAUUUUCAAUGCUCUUCAUGUAUUAAGCAUUAAUUUAAAGCCUUUGGCCUUGGAUUGUGGCUCCAAUGGUGGCAAAGACGAAGAUGGUCGGACAUGGGAAUCUGAUUCCAAGUUCCUUCUUCCUACGGAUUCCACCCAAGUCCAAGCCGGAUAUCAAGACCCUUCACUUUCUUCUUCAAUUCCUUACAUGAAAGCUAGAAUUUUUAAGUCUCCGGCGACAUACCAAUUCCCGGUGAAGACGCAACAAAGGUACUCGAUCAGGCUCCAUUUCUACCCUUCUUCUUAUUCCAACUUCAAUGCCAGCAAUUCAUUUUUUUCUGUGGUCGCCGGUGGAAUUACCCUCUUAAGCAAUUUCAGUGCUGCAAUCACAUGUCAAGCUCUUACACAAGCUUAUCUUAUUAAAGAGUAUUCUCUGGCAGCCAUGGAUCCCGAAGUUCUAAAUAUCACCUUCACCCCCUCAACUAAUUUUUCAAAUUCUUUUGCUUUUGUAAAUGGGAUUGAGCUGAUUCCAAUACCGGAGAUUUUUGGCACGGCGAACUUGGUGGGAUUUAAUGACCAGACUAUGGAUGCAACAACUCAGAAUGUGCAAAUUAUGUACAGAGUAAACGUUGGUGGACAAUAUAUUGCUCCAAGCAAUGAUUCUGGAGGGCUUCAGAGGAGUUGGUAUGAUGAUUCACCUUAUUUAUUUGGUGCUGCAAUGGGAGUAAGUUUUAAGGCUGCAGAUAAUGUCACCAUAACGUAUGGAGAAUUACCGGAAUACACUGCACCGGUUGACGUUUAUAAGACCGCAAGGACAAUGGGACCAACUGCAGAUGUCAACAAGCAAUUCAACAUGACAUGGUUAUUUCAAGUAGAUGCCAAUUUCACCUAUAUUGUGAGGUUACAUUUCUGUGAGAUCUUGUUUACCAAGGUUAAUCAGAGAGUUUUCAAUAUUUACGUGAACAAUCAGUCAGCUCAAGUUGAUCCUAACCCGGCAGAUAUAAUCGCGUGGGCUGGAGCACAGGGAGCUCCAAUUUACAAAGAUUAUGCAAUUAUUGUCAAUGAUAAACCUGGUGAUGACAUGAUUCAGGUGGAUAUGUCACCGUCAAAACCAUCCAAACCGGAGUACCUUGAUAUAAUACUCAAUGGGAUUGAGGUUUUCAAGAUGAGUGAUGCCAACAAGAACCUAGCAGGUCCUAAUCCUCAGCCAUCAGACUUGCUUCUCAAGGCAGAGAGGGAGCCUAAAAGAACUUUCAAGCCUAAUCUUCAUAUCAUAGGAAGCGCGGCAGGAGGAGCAGCCGUGUUUGGCCUGGUGGCGGCACUGUGCAUUGUUGUCUACAAGCGGCAAAAACACCUUCCGGGAACCGAAACUCACACCUCUAGUUGGCUUCCUAUCUACGGAAAAUCAAACAGUCAUACCGCAGCAAGCAGGUCUACUAGCCAAAGCAGUCACCUCUCAAAUCUAGCCCAAGGCCUCUGCCGCCAUUUCUCCUGGGCAGAGAUGAAGCAGGCCACAAAGAACUUCGACGAAUCAAAUGUCAUUGGCGUUGGAGGUUUUGGUAAAGUUUACAAAGGUGUAAUAGAUGGCACCACAAAAGUAGCAAUCAAAAGAUCAAACCCCUCUUCGGAGCAGGGUGUCAAUGAGUUCCAAACUGAAAUCGAGAUGCUUUCAAAACUCCGACACAAGCAUUUGGUCUCAUUGAUUGGAUUCUGCGAGGACGGUGGGGAAAUGUGCUUGGUCUACGACUACAUGGCGCGUGGAACCUUAAGAGAACACAUUUACAAUUCAAAAUUAAAAACUCAUCUCCCCUGGAAACAAAGGCUUGACAUAUGCAUUGGUGCGGCUAGAGGACUUCAUUACCUACACACUGGAGCCAAGUACACCAUCAUUCACCGUGAUGUUAAGACCACAAACAUUCUCCUAGAUGAAAACUGGGUUGCUAAAGUUUCGGAUUUUGGGUUAUCAAAAACAGGUCCUGACAUGAAUACAGGCCAUGUGAGUACCGUGGUAAAGGGAAGUUUCGGACCUGCUCUGAACACAAACCUCCCAAAGGAACAGGUCAGUCUGGCAGAUUGGGCACUUUUCUGUCAGAAAAGGGGUUUGUUGGAAGACAUUAUUGAUCCUCAUUUAAAAGGGAAGAUCAACCCAGAAUGCUUGAAAAAGUUUGCUGACACUGCUGAGAAGUGUUUAUCAGACCAUGGGAUAGAACGCCCCUCCAUGGGAGAUGUCCUGUGGAACCUGGAAUUCGCUCUCCAGUUGCAAGAAACUGCCGAUGGUUCCAAGCGAGGUACAAGUACAAAUGAAGUAAAUGAUGGCUUAGAAGGGUCUAGUAACAAUAGAAACCACAGCCAAAGGAGCGAGGUUGAAAUCAAUGAGGAAUCUGAUCUUAGCACAACUGAAAUUUUUCCUCAGAUUUCAAAUCCCAAAGGCCGGUGAAGGGGAAAUUCAAUUGCAUCAUCUUGGUUCCUUGAAAGGUCACUGAAACAAGGUCAAAAUCAAGAAUUGGAAGCCAU